AUGAAUGGCAACAACCAAUUACUGACUGUUUUCCGAUCAAAAGGUGAGCGCAGAUUUGAUACACAAAUUCAGAGACAAGUGGCCAACGCUCGGGAAAGGGAUAGGACUGAGUCGGUCAACAGUGCAUUCAUUGUAUUAAGGAGUCUCAUACCUACCGAUCCGCCCAAUAGGAAACUGUCCAAAAUUGAAACAUUACGACUGGCCGUUUCAUAUAUUAAACACUUGAAUAAUGUCAGAAAUGCACUAUUUAAUGGUGAAGAAAGUGAUAACAUAUGUGUACGAAAUGCAAGAAUCGGUUCGUUGACCGCAAAAACUAUUUGCACUUUUUGUAUAACUAAUCAAAAGUCAAUCUCAUAUCAACCGUACAUCUAUGAAACAUCUGGAUCUACAAUAACCUGUUGUGACGACUACUUAAUUGCUGAACAAUUGGAUAAAAUUACUGAUAAUAUGUGUGACCAACUGUUUCCACAACUCAAUGAAUUUGAUGUAAUCACUGGUUGUGGUGACAGUAAUUCAUCGCUUAGUUAUUUCAAUGACUCGUCAUCUUCUACUCAUUAUUGA